AAAAACAAGUUUAUCAAUGAGUUCUAUUCCUUAAUAAUUUUUAUGAAGAAUAAAGAAGAAAAUAAUAACCCUCUGAAUCAAGCAAGAGAAUUGUUUGUUCAAGAAGCAGCAUCUUUUUCCGAACUAAAAAAUGAGUCAAAAUCUUUAGAAGAAAACCAAAAAAGUGUGGAAAAAUGUCCAGGAAUUGAAGAAAAAAAGGAUAAUAUAUGUAAAAAACGUAUUGCAGAAGAUAAAGGGAGUAAUUUUGUUGAAAAAUUUGAGGGAAAAAGGCCUAAAAAAGAUAAAGAGAAAGAUUCUCCGGAAAUCAACCAAACUUCAAAUUAUCAGUCUCAAACAUUAUCUGCAUCAUUUAAAUCAUUUUCUGAAUCUUCCGUUUCUCCUUUUUCAUCUUUAAAAUCCAAUAAUCCUAUAUUUGUCAAUCCAUCUAACCAAUUGGAAAAAAAAACAUUUGGAUCAAACAUAUCUGGACCUAAUUUUGAGUCUCUUUUAUCUUCAUCAAAAAACGAUAUAAAAGAAGACGUUAGUGACAAUAAAAUAACAAAUUCUUUAACAGACACAUAUAAAAAGGCUUCAGAUGAAGCAUUUGGUAUAUUGCUUAAACAAGAAUUGGAUUGUCGUGAUAGUUUUGAUGAUAAUAUAACAAAAGUAACUACAUUUAUAUUAGAACAAGAAGUAAAAACAGGCGAAGAACAUGAAAAAACUAUUUAUUCUACAAGAGCUAGACUUUAUGUUGUAGAUUCAGUUACAAAGGAUUGGAAAGAACGAGGCAUUGGAACAUUACGUGUAAAUAUUGAUGAAACUAAAGGAAUAAUUAAAAGGUCGCGACUUGUUAUGAGAGCAGAUGCUGUGUAUAAAGUUAUUUUAAAUGCAUCUUUAUUUAAAGAAAUGUUAAUCGAAGGUGGAAAUAUAGAUAGUUCUAAUGCAUGUAAUCUUGAUAAGUUUUUAAAAAUUGUUGCUCUUGAAGAUGGAAAGCCUACACAAUUUGCAAUAAAAGUUAAAGAUAAUACUGUUGCUCAACAAUUACGUCAACAUAUUUUAUCUGCUCUUCCUGAUAAAAAAAUUACACUCUAA